AUGAGCGGCGGUGGAGAACAGUCUUUGUUUUUUGUAAGUCUGCCGGACCCGAGGAAGCUGUGCUGCGUUACUCUAUAUCUCCAAAGUAUCUCAGAUGAGGGGGAGCUGAGGAACAGACAAAUAAAGUCAUGCAGAGAUCUUCUCUUCUUGUAUUCAGACGUCAUUGCCUCACCAGUGUUAGGGUCUUCUGGAGGAGUCAUGACAGUAAUGGCUAUAACCUUCUUCAAAAGAGGUAUCAUCCAGGCCUAUGCACAGAGACACGGUCUGCAGCUAGGUGCCCCACAGAGAGUACUGCCUGUCUCACUGCAAGCAUGUCUGUCUUACUCCCUGAUUGCUAGACUGGCGCCACGCUGGAACAAGGCUGGCCAGUUCCUCAUUGCAGGAAAGGACUUCCUGUCUGUCUCUGGGAAACUGAAUGCUGUUGUGUUAGAGAUGAGUGUCACUGAGAACCAGCUGUGUAUCAGUGUGCAAGCCAGCGCAGUCAGACUGCCUCCAGCCACACUGGAAGAUUUUGACUUGCCUCCCCUUGUUGUGAGGAACUUCCUCACAAAUGGAGAUGCAGUGGUCAACACUGACGUGUCCAAUAACUGGUGCUAUAUUCUACCAAGCAUGAAGAAAGGCCAGAUCGUCAGUAUCAGUCAUAGAAUCCCUGCAGAGUGCCCCUUCCAGUCAUACCCUGAGCUACGGGCACACUGGAGCAGUAUGUACGGGUAUGUCCUGCCAGCAGUAGGGGACGAGAACAUGGUAUACUGCGGCGUGUACUUUAAACUGGUUGGCAAGAGGCUCUUCACAUAUCCCCUGUGCUGUGUCCGGACUCAGCCAGUGCAGCGCUUUCCCAGAGUCGACCUGCAGGGGGCGCUCAUGCCUUUCAUUUCAGAGCUCAGGGCAAAACUGGAAGGUGUGUGUGGCUUCCCAGUGAGAAUGACCAGCAAGCCAUGUUACCAUACCAGCAAUUUGAGCAGACCCACGUUGCAGGUGCAGCGCGCCUAUCCUGUGAAUUUAACAACUAAAACCUCCAGCAGGCCGGUCCUGACGAAACUGCCCAGUACCUGCCCACAGAGUGGCUCUCACCAUGGGGCUGGCUCUAUGCAGCAUCUCCCCAGUCAGCCAGAGAGAAGCCAGCACAGCCAGACCAGUAAACAGGGGAGUGUGGAGAACACACACCGUCUAGAGUCCCCUCUGGGGUGUAACACAGAGAGGGGCUGGCUGUCUUCCUCCACCUCUCCUUCCAUCAUUCCAUCCUCCUCCGUUUCUUGUCACAGCCAGACACAGGCUGCGGUACGGGAGCCAAAACUCAUACCCAUCUUCAAAAACAGAACCCUCCCACGCCACGUCAACGUUACCAAGAUCUUGGCGGAGAAACGGCAGACGGCAGCACAGAGGCACUCUGUACCUGCUUCUGCUGUGAAAAGAGCCCUUUCUCCUUCCUCACUCUCCUCCUCUUCCUCCUCAACCCCUCUUUGCUCUGCCUCUGACCUGCCCUGUCUCUCUGUCGUACCUCCAUGGUUCAGUCGACCGUCACUGGACCGUGUUUCUCUGUCUCGCUUAGAGGAGCAGAACAGAGACAGUGCUGGCAGGGAUGAUCUGCAACAACCAUCUUCUCUCGCUCAGACCCAGGCUUUGACACAAAUCCCCAGUAGCAGAGGAGGAGAGGUGUUUGAGUCCAAGCCAAAGAGAUCCAAGUCUAAUGUGCAGGAUGUGGAUGUGGAAAAGUAUGCCAGAAACAGUCAGUUGGCAAAGGUCAACUCAGCGACCCUGCAGGCGUGGCUGAGGAGUCGAGGGGUGGUCAUACGCUCAAAGGACAGGAAGGAGGAGCUGGUGUCAAAGGUCAUGCAGUGUCUGAACGAGCCCUGA